CUGGCCGGGAGACUGGGACCGGCAAGCGGCUGGGAGGUUUUAGCGCGCGGCGUUGCAGGCGCUGUGAGGAGGGCACCCGGUUCCGGAGUGUGUGUCCAGCCAUGCCGGCGCAGCGCCCCGCUAGCAGUGGCGGGUCCGUAGCUCCAGAUGUGGUUGAACAGCCGGAGACUGCCGUGAUUACUCCAGCCAUGGUAGAGGAGGAAGAACAGCUUGAAGCUGCUGGGCUAGAGAGAGAGAGGAAGAUGCUAGAAAAGGCUCGCAUGUCUUGGGAUAGAGAGUCCAUGGACAUUCGAUAUCGUAGACUUCAGCAUUUGCUUGAAAAAAGCAAUAUUUACUCCAAAUUUUUAUUGACUAAAAUGGAACAGCAGCAGUUAGAGGAACAGAAGAAGAAAGAGAAAUUGGAGAGAAAAAAGGAAUCUUUAAAAGUUGCUAAGGGUAAAAAUUCCAUUGAUGCAAGUGAGGAGAAUGCAGUUAUGAGAAAGAAAAGAGGAAGAGAAGAUGAAUCAUACAGUAUUUCAGAGGUCAUGUCAAAAGAGGAAAUUUUGUCUGUGGCUAAGAAAAGUAAAAAGGAGAAUGAGGAUGAAAGCUCCUCUUCUAAUCUCUGUGUAGAAGAUCUUCAGAAAAAUAAAGAUUCAAAUAGUAAAAUUAAAGAUAGAUUAUCUCAAACGGUUAGGCAAAAUACUAAAUUCUUUUUUGACCCAGUUCGGAAAUGUAAUGGACAGCCAGUACCCUUUCAGCAACCAAAACACUUCACAGGAGGAGUGAUGCGAUGGUACCAAGUGGAAGGCAUGGAAUGGCUUAGGAUGCUUUGGGAAAAUGGAAUUAAUGGCAUUUUAGCAGAUGAAAUGGGAUUGGGAAAGACAGUUCAAUGCAUUGCUACAAUUGCAUUGAUGAUUCAGAGAGGAGUACCUGGACCUUUUCUCGUCUGUGGCCCUUUGUCUACACUUCCUAACUGGAUGGCUGAAUUCCAAAGAUUUACACCAGAAAUUCCUACUAUGUUAUAUCAUGGUACCCAGCAAGAACGUCGAAAAUUGGUAAAGCAUAUUCACAAACGGAAAGGGACAUUGCAGAUUCAUCCUGUGGUGAUCACUUCAUUUGAGAUAGCCAUGAGAGACCGAAAUGCAUUACAGAAUUGCUACUGGAAAUACUUAAUAGUAGAUGAAGGACACAGGAUUAAGAACAUGAAGUGCCGCCUAAUCAGGGAGUUAAAACGAUUCAAUGCGGAUAACAAGCUUCUUUUGACUGGUACUCCUUUGCAAAACAACUUAUCAGAGCUUUGGUCAUUGUUGAACUUUUUGUUGCCAGAUGUAUUUGAUGACUUGAAAAGCUUUGAAUCUUGGUUUGAUAUCACUAGUCUUUCUGAAACUGCUGAAGAUAUUAUUGCUAAAGAAAGAGAACAGAAUGUAUUGCAUAUGCUGCACCAGAUUUUAACACCUUUCUUAUUGAGAAGACUAAAAUCUGAUGUUGCCCUUGAAGUUCCUCCUAAACGAGAAGUAGUUGUUUAUGCACCACUUUCAAAGAAACAAGAGAUCUUUUACACAGCCAUUGUGAACCGUACAAUUGCAAACAUGUUUGGAUCCAGCGAGAAAGAAACAGUUGAGCUGAGUCCCACUGGACGACCAAAACGGCGAACUAGAAAGUCAAUAGAUUACAGCAAAAUAGAUGAUUUCCCUAAUGAAUUGGAAAAACUGAUCAGCCAAAUACAGCCAGAGGUAGACCGAGAAAGAGCUGUUGUGGAAACAAACAUCCCUAUAGAAUCUGAAGUUAAUCUGAAGCUGCAGAAUAUAAUGAUGCUACUUCGCAAGUGCUGUAAUCAUCCAUAUCUGAUUGAGUACCCUAUAGACCCGGUCACACAAGAGUUUAAGAUUGAUGAAGAGUUGGUAACAAAUUCUGGGAAAUUCUUAAUUUUGGAUCGAAUGCUGCCAGAACUAAAAACCAGAGGUCAUAAGGUGCUGCUUUUUUCACAAAUGACAAGAAUGUUGGACAUUUUGAUAGAUUACUGUCACUUUAGAAAUUUCAACUUCAGCAGGCUUGAUGGAUCCAUGUCUUAUUCAGAGAGAGAAAAAAAUAUGCACAGCUUCAACACAGAUCCAGAUGUGUUUAUCUUUUUAGUGAGUACACGAGCUGGUGGUCUGGGCAUUAAUUUGACUGCAGCAGAUACUGUUAUCAUUUAUGAUAGUGAUUGGAACCCCCAGUCUGAUCUUCAGGCCCAGGAUAGAUGUCAUAGAAUUGGUCAGACAAAGCCAGUUGUUGUAUAUCGUCUUGUUACAGCAAAUACUAUUGAUCAGAAAAUUGUGGAAAGAGCAGCUGCUAAAAGAAAACUGGAAAAGUUGAUCAUCCACAAAAAUCAUUUCAAAGGUGGUCAAUCUGGAUUAAAUCAAUCUAAGAACUUUUUAGACCCUAAGGAAUUAAUGGAAUUAUUAAAAUCUAGAGAUUAUGAAAGGGAAGUAAAAGGAUCAAGAGAGAAGGUCAUUAGUGAUAAAGAUCUGGAGUUGUUGUUAGAUCGAAGUGAUCUCCUUGAUCAAAUGAAUGCCUCAGGACCAAUUAAAGAGAAGAUGGGGAUUUUCAAGAUACUAGAAAAUUCUGAAGAUUCCAGUCCCGAAUGUUUGUUUUAAACUGGAGCUAAAAGAAUGUCUUUAAAAAGUUCUUGUUUACAUCUGGUGAUCUGUAUUGGUGUUAAAAUCCAGAUUUUUCACUCUACUUCUUUGAUUAUAUCAGUUUACGUAAUAUAACUUGUACCAUUGCAUACGUUUCUGAGCCUUAUUAAGAGCAAAGACAUAUUCAUAGUAAGUUUCAGUUAAUUUUUCGGACUCGAUAGUACUCCUGGGUAUAGGCUGUUGUGUCCUUAACCACUGCCAGAUUUAUACAGUCUUCCUGUGGAAGUUUAAUGUCUUUCCCCCACCCUCCUUUUUAGCAAUACAGUUCAUGAGUUUUUGGUACUUCAGUUAUGGAGUAGGCUUUGGAUGGGGGAAAGAUUGGGAUUAUACUGUCUAUUGUUGAAAUAAGAAAUGGUUUGAUUUUUUAGGGUCUCUUUCUAUAAAAUAGUUUGCCAAAUAAAUGUUUGUUAUAAGAUGAUCUCAUCAGAUUAUUUUUUCAGAUAAAUAAUGGCUCAGGUGAAAUACUAGCAAACGUCUUGACUGGCAUUGUGAUUCAACAUUAUGGUAACUCUUGUUUCAUUCAUUAGUACUAUACACAUAUGUCAUAUAAAGAUUUCAACUGGACCUUGGAUCAAUGCAGAGAAGGCUCUGGAAGAAAUUAUAGGUUCUUGACAAAAGACCAGAAAUUGGAAGUGGCAGUGUACCAUGCAAAACAAGAACAGAACAAGAGAAAAGGGACCCUGAAAAUUUAUAGCAGGGAGGGGUUUAAAAUAAGACUUAGGAAUAUAAGUAACACAAGAUCCAUAACAGAGGAGCAAAAUGGGAACCAUUUAGGCCCUGUAUGUAUAUGAAAACUGAAUGCUCCCUGAACCAUACAUUUUUGUGGAGGUUGUUAUUCUUGCUGCCAUGUAUAUUCAAAUGUAGAUGAGAUUCUCUCUGCCUUAGGGUAAUGGAACCUAGGACUCAGAAGAAAAACUAUUUUAAGAGAAUAUUCAGCCAAAGGAAAGAAUAGACUACAGAGUGGAUUUUUUCAAAGUGGAAAUGUUUACCAGUCGCUGACAAAUCAUCAUCGUAACCUUAGUUGGUUGCUUAGUAGUCAUACUAAGUUUUUCUAAUCCAUUCUCUUACAUUGAGCUCAAAUGAUUAUUUCAUGGGUUUAUUUCUGUCCUUAACAUUUCUAAUAUCUUCUCCCUCUGGGCUUGCUCCCUGUCCACACAGAGAAAAUAAAAAUGAUCAGAAAAGAACUUGCCACCACUGCAUCUGUAAACCUACCAGCAUCUGUGCCCAUGUAUCGUUUACUUUUAUGGAUAUAGUCUGUCCUAGCUAGAGCCAACAGAAAGGCCCCAUUUCUUGUUUUACAGCAAACUCCUUGAAACAAGUCUAUAUUCACUGACUUGUUUCGCUUCCAUUUUUUUCCUAAACCCAUUCCAGUCAGAUUUUUAAAGUCUCCAGUGACCUCUACGACCUCAUUUACUUGAUCUUUCAGCAGCAUUUCACAUAGUUGUUUCAUUUCCACUAAACCAUUUCUUUAGUUUGCUAGGUUUUCAGCAAACACAUUUGCCUGGUUCUUCCUACUUCUGGUUCUUUCUCAAUCUCCUUUGCUGUUUCUUUCUUACGUCUUUGACUCCUUAACAUUAGAAUC